AUUCACAAUAAAAAUCGUCGAUGCCAUAUUGACGCAAGGAGUUUGUUCGUGGAGAGUGCAAAGGAGCAUAUGUUGUAAUUUUGCUUAUUUCUGGAAACAUCGAUUCUACACAUAGCUGUAUCUGAUGAGGAAUUGUUCAUGCUGCAAUUUUUAAGCCCACGUCGUAUCAUUUAGUCAUGAAGUGUAAUUUUGACUCUGAGAGAUUGUGAAAGUCUACUGAGCUCAUUAUUAGGCCGCUUGCUUGUGCGCAGGACAGGUCGAUCAGGUCUGUAGCAACAUCGUUUCUAGUUGCAGUCUGUAUUUCUAACAGCAGCAAUGGCAGAAGCAAGUGUUGAUAACCUCGUUGUUGUCGAGAAGAGAUAUUAUUGCCAUCAAUGCAAUUCCGAGUUCACCAGACAGUCUCUCCCGGAUUUCCUGUGCCCAAAUUGUUCAUCUGGAUUUAUUGAAGAACUACCUGAAAUGGAAGACUCAAUGGACUUUGACUCAUCAGAUAUACGAUCUCCAUUUGAUUUUGAAAGUCAUAUACAUAGUAGAGAUCCAUUCGGUAUUUUGUACUCACACUCUAGAGGCAUGGAAGGUGGUUCAGAUGCACCUGGAAGGGGGUUCAGACAUGUAGGACCAAGAGUAUUACAUAUGACUCACAGCAGUGAUGGUCAACAACAAAAUGCAAUGUUAGGAGAAAACCCACUUGAUCAAUUUUUUCAUCAGUUAUUCUCAAAUUUAGGUGUUACAGCAAUAAUGGAGCGAGAUGGAGGUGGAGGAGUUAUGACCUUCAAUAGAAUUUUUCAUCAAAAUAUGGGUGACUACGUGUGGGGGCCUAAUGGUCUUGACAACAUAAUUUCACAGCUGCUGAAUCAAUUAGAAGGUUCUGGUCCUCCUCCUGCAGAUAAAGAAAAUAUAGACAAGUUACCAAAAAUUCAAAUUUCACAAGAAGAUGUUGAUAAUGAACUUGAAUGCGCUGUUUGUAAAGAUUCAUUUGUAUUGCAUGAACAAGUUUUAAAAUUAUCAUGCAACCACAAGUUUCACUCGGACUGUGUAAAACCUUGGCUUCAAUUGCACGACUCCUGUCCGGUAUGCCGAUGUUCAUUAAGCGGACAGCCAACGGACAACUACAGUUAGCCAUUGAUGCUUCAUGUAGAUAUCAUUAAAUUUUUGCCCAAUUGGCUGAUGAUGGCAAAUUCGAUAUUUUUGAGUAUCCAGUUAUUUACAUUUGAAAACAAUAUUUUCUCGAACAAAGCUAGAUUUGCUUACACAAAUAAUAGAAUUUUCGUGUGUUGAGCACAGACUGUUAACGGGAAAAGACUUAUAGCAUAAUUCAUAAAGUUGCUAGCGGAGAGAUAGAGCUGCCCACAUUCACUCUCGUAUUAAUGCUGGUUUCGAAGCAAAGCGAAUAGUUAUAAGUGAGAUUUCAGAUCCAUACCCCGAAGGAGUAGUCAUUACGUGCUGACGAUUUUUUAACCAAAUUAAGAUGAGUAUGAAAGUUGAAAUUAUAAUGUUUUUAUGAAAAUCUAAACCUAGAUUUCUGGAUCGUCUACGGAGAUGAGCGAGUUUCUUUUAAUAUCUUUAAGCGAAUGAUCGGUUAAUGAAGCCCUUGUCAUGUCUCCUUAAUAUCGAAUAAUUCUUUUUCCCAGCACAUAAUUGCGUUGUUUUUUCAUUAGUGAGGUUUCCUGUGUAAACACAAUUCUAGGAUUUAUAUAUUAAUCUCGCCAAUUAUCCCACAAUAACCACAGUUGGCAAACACGAGGGGCCUUAACUCAGUUGGCAGACAUAAGUUUUAGUAACCAGAAUUGUGUUCGUGUGGAUUAGGCUAAAGGGCAUGAAGAAAGAACGUUUGCAAAUUUUUAUAUGUUUAAUAUCUGUAACAGUUGUUUGUUUAUGUUACUGAAGUAGUUUUGUUGGAAAUAGUUAUGCAUUUGAUUCAGCAUUGAUAGAUUUAAAGCUCUGGGCAGUCACUGAGAUACAAA